AUGAAUGGUGACUGUACUAUCCAAUAUUGGAAUGAAUUAAAGGCAGCCUUACAUAGAAGGCAUGUUCCAGCCUAUUAUGCCAGGGAAGUCAUGGACAAGCUCCAUCGACUCCAACAAAGAAACAUGAGUGUUGAGGAAUAUAGACAAAAGUUAGAAUUACUAAUGUUGAGAGUUGGUAUUAAAGAAGAAGAGAGAUUCACCAUAGUUAGGUUCCAAAGUGGUCUUAACUAUGAUAUUCGGGAUAAGGUAGAGCUAUUACCUUACUUGGACCUUAAUGAUUUUGUCCAACUAUGUGUGAGAGUAGAAGAGCAAAAUAGAAGAAAAGCGUCCACAAAAAGAAAUUACCCUACUACAUCCACAUAUAGGAGAGAUCCUAAGAGGGAGGGUAGUUUUCAAAGAUAUGAGGAAACAAAGGAGCAAGACCGAGAAAGACCACAAGAAAAGCUCAAAGGCAAAGAUAGAGAAUUCAAAAGAGAAAAAGAAGGCUUUAAAGAAAAAAAGCAUUUAAGAGAGACACCUAGGGAUACCAAGGGUAGAGAGACUAGAUGUUUCAAAUGUGGAGACAAAGGACACUAUUCAACUGAGUGUCGCUUCAAAAAGUCCACCUAUAUCCUUGAGCAUGAAAGUAAUAGUGAGGUGUCAUCCUCCUGUGCGUCUGAGUUAUCCUCAUCUGAAGAGGAACAUGAGGCUCCACCUUGUGAUGGAGAUCUUCUCAUGGUUAGGAGACUUCUAGAGGCAAAGCAUGUUGACUCUAGAAUGGUUGAAAAGCUAGGCUUAACUCCUACUCCUCAUCUUAACCCUUACAAACUUCAAUGGGUAAAAGAGGAUGAAGGAAUAGUUGUUAAGGAACAAGUAAGUGUACCCAUUUCCAUAGGCAAGUAUGAAGAUCAUAUCAUUUGUGAUAUGGUUCCAAUGGAAGCGGGCCACAUUUUACUUGGGCGACCUUGGCAAUUUGACAAGCAAGCUUUGCAUGAUGGAGUCACCAACAAGAUCACCAUUCAACACAAAGGUAAAAAGAUUAUCUUGAGUCCUCCUACACCAUCCCAAGUGCGAGAGGAUCAAAUAAUACUUAAGAAGAAGUUGGAUGGUGAGAAAAAGCUCCACAACAACAAAGUUUCCAAAGAGAAGAAGUUGAGUUUGGUAGAAAGUGCCUUAACCAAUGAAGUUGUUCCAACAAAAACUUCUAAAAAUAUUUUACUUGGACAACCUCACUUUCUUCUCUAUUGCAAGGAGGCACUUCUUUCCAUAAAUCAUCAACUUGACUCUCAUCCAAAGGGGUUACAAAAGCUUUUAAAAGAAUUUGAUGAUUUAUUUUCUAAAGAGGUUCUAAGUGGUUUACCACCUCUUCGGGGAAUUGAACAUCAAAUUGAUUUGAUUCCUAGAGCCAGCCUUCCCAAUAGGCCAGCUUAUAGGACUAACCCCAUAGAAACCAAAGAGAUGGAGAAGCAAGUUCAUGAUUUAUUGGAAAAAGGGUGGAUACAGAAAAGCCUUAGCCCUUGUGCGGUGCCAGUGUUGUUAGUCCCUAAGAAAGAUGGUUAUUGGCGAAUGUCCAUGCCUUUUGGCUUGACCAAUGCUCCUAGUACCUUUAUGCGCCUAAUGAAUCAUGUCCUUCAAGAAUACAUAGGCAGCUUUGUUGUAGUCUACUUUGAUGAUAUCCUCAUCUAUAGCAAAGGUCUUAAAGAACAUCUUCAUCAUGUGCGGAAAGUCUUGAUUUUGCUUAGACAACAUCAUCUAUUUGCCAAUUUUGACAAAUGUACAUUUUGUCAAGAGAUGGUUAUUUUUCUGGGCUUCAAAGUUGGAAAAGAAGGUGUACAUGUUGAUCCUAGUAAAAUCAAAGCUAUCCAGGAAUGGCCUAUCCUGACAACAGUGGGAGAAGUAAGAAGUUUUCUAGGUCUAGCAGGUUUCUAUAGACGUUUUGUAGAAAAUUUCUCUAUUAUUGCUGCUUCCCUCAAUGAACUUUUAAAGAAGGAUGUACCAUUCAAAUGGGAAGAAAAACAAAGUCUAUCCUUUGAGACCUUAAAACAUAAGUUGAUACAUGCACCCAUUCUACAUUUACCUGAUUUUUCCAAAGCUUUUCAAAUAGAAUGUGAUGCUUCAAGGGUAGGAAUAGGAGCUGUUCUUAUACAAGAAGGUCACCCCAUAGCUUAUUUCAGUGAAAAACUUAGGGGACCUACAUUGAACUAUCCUACCUAUGAUAAAGAACUUUAUGCCCUUAUUAGAGCAUUGAAAACUUGGGAGCAUUACUUGGUGUCUAGAGAAUUUAUUAUCAAUACUGACCAUGAAUCUCUCAAGUAUAUAAAAGGGCAAGAGAAGUUGAACAAAAGACAUGCCAAGUGGAUCAAAUACCUCGAGCAGUUUUCAUAUGUCAUCAAACAUAAAAAGGGGAGUAUUAAUGUUGUUGCGGAUGCUUUAUCUAGACGACAUGCAUUAUUAGUAACUCUAGGGUCACAAAUAUUAGGUUUUGAUGACAUCAAACAACUUUAUGAGACUGACCCUUCAUUUGCAUCCACUUAUGCAUCUUGCCUUAAGAAGCCCUUCGAAGGAUUCUAUAUUUCUGAGGGAGUUCAACUUCACAACUUUUCCCUUGCAUCAAAUCUACCUUCAACUAUUGAGCUAUAA